CCUACCUGUGGGCAAACCCUCCCCCAGCCUGCACGCAUCGGCACGGCAUCUCCUCGCUCUGCCGCGCCGCCGCCGCCGCCAUGAAGCGCUCCUUCGACGCCAUGGAGGCGAAGCCGGUGUUCCUCUCCAAGGAGGAGCGCCAGCGCCUCGCGCUCGAGCGCCGCCAGGCGGCCGUCGCCGACCAGCGCCGCUCCGCGCUCGACAUCCUCCAGUCGCUCCCGCGGCCCCCUCCGCCGCCUCCCCCGUCCGGCGCCCCCCGAGACUCCUCCUCGUCCCACCGCGACCCCUCCGACCGGGACAGGGGCGACAGGGGGGACAGGGACAGGGACCGGGACCGGGACCGCCGCCGCGACGACGACUCCCGCCGGGACCGAGAUCGGGAUCGCGACCGCGACCGCGACCGCGACGAGCCUUCCCGCCGGGACCGGGACCGUGACCGCGACCGGGACAGGGAGCACCGGGACAGGGAGCGCGGGGAGCGGGACAAGGACCGGGAGAAGGACCGGCUGGAGAAGAUGGCGGAGAGGGAGCGGGAGAAGGAGCUGGAGGCCAUCAAGGAGCAGUACCUGGGGUCCAAGAAGCCCAAGAAGCGGGUCAUCAAGCCCUCGGAGAAGUUCCGCUUCUCCUUCGACUGGGAGAACACCGAGGACACCAGCCGCGACAUGAACAUGCUCUACCAGGCGCCGCACGAGGCCCGCCUGCUCUACGGCCGCGGCUUCCUCGCCGGCAUUGACCGGCGCGAGCAGAAGAAGGCGGCCGCCGUGUUUGAGAAGGAGACCCGUGCCGAGCAGCGCCGCAAGUUCGGCGUGGAGGACCGGCCUGAGGAUGAUGUGGCUGAUAAGAAGAAGGCUGCCGCCGCUGAGAUGUAUGAUGCCUUCGACAUGCGGGUGGACAGGCACUGGUCUGAGAAGGGCAUCGAGGAGAUGACGGAGCGGGAUUGGCGUAUUUUCCGGGAGGACUUCAAUAUCUCCUACAAGGGGUCUCGCAUACCCCGGCCGAUGCGCAACUGGCCUGAGAGCAAGCUUGGGACUGAGCUGCUUCGUGCUAUUGAGAAGGUUGGGUACAAGAAACCGUCACCGAUCCAGAUGGCUGCCAUUCCACUUGGUCUCCAGCAGCGUGAUGUCAUUGGUAUUGCAGAGACAGGUUCGGGCAAGACUGCCGCUUUUGUGCUUCCUAUGCUGUCAUACAUUACUCGCCUGCCGCCUAUAAGCGAGGACAAUGAGGCCGAGGGUCCUUAUGCUGUUGUCAUGGCACCUACUCGUGAGCUUGCUCAACAGAUUGAGGAAGAGACGGUGAAGUUUGCAACCUAUCUAGGCAUUAAAGUCGUUUCCAUUGUUGGUGGUCAGUCGAUUGAGGAGCAAGGUUUCAAGAUCAGACAGGGCUGUGAAGUUGUGAUUGCAACGCCUGGUCGGCUUCUUGAUUGUCUGGAGAGAAGGUAUGCUGUGCUCAACCAGUGCAACUAUGUUGUACUUGACGAGGCUGAUAGGAUGAUUGAUAUGGGAUUUGAGCCACAGGUUGUUGGUGUCCUUGAUGCCAUGCCGUCAAGUAACCUGAAACCUGAGAAUGAGGAAGAGGAACUGGAUGAGAAGAGGAUUUACAGGACAACUUAUAUGUUCAGUGCCACCAUGCCACCUGCUGUUGAGCGCCUUGCUAGGAAGUACCUCCGGAACCCAGUUGUCGUCACAAUUGGUACAGCUGGCAAGGCCACAGAUCUGAUAACUCAAAAUGUGAUCAUGGUGAAGGAGUCAGAGAAGAUGUCACGACUCCAGAAGAUACUCACAGAUCUUGGGGACAAGACGGCCAUUGUGUUCUGCAACACAAAGAAGUCAGCAGACAACCGUGCUAAGGAUCUGGACAAGGCAGGUUUCCGCGUCACAGCACUGCAUGGAGGGAAGUCACAAGAUCAGAGGGAGAUCAGCCUUGAUGGAUUUAGGAACCGCAGGUUCAAUGUUCUUGUAGCGACUGAUGUUGCAGGGCGUGGUAUUGAUAUUCCUGAUGUCGCUCAUGUUAUUAACUAUGAGAUGCCUAGUUCAGUUGAUACAUACACACAUCGCAUCGGAAGAACAGGGCGUGCAGGAAAGAAGGGACUUGCAACUUCAUUCUUGACUCUGGAUAACACUGAUAUUUUCUUCGAUCUGAAACAGAUGCUUACUCAGAGCAAUAGUCCCGUCCCUCCAGAACUUGCUAGGCAUGAGGCGUCGAAGUUUAAGCCAGGAUCGGUUCCUGAUAGACCUCCAAGAAGAAAUGACACCGUCUAUGCAUCUCACUGAAGCAAUCUGCUGCAGAAGAGGCGGAGAUCCUUCUUGGGUACAAUUCAGGGCCACCUUCUACUGUGUCGAGAUUUAGUACUUAUGAGAACUGGACCUAUGUAUCUUAUUGUACUGUGGGUGCCAUAAUGCAACUGUCAUGCCCAAACAUCGACUGCUUUUGAAGUGUUUUUUGCAGAGGGCAAAUGCUCAAUCUUGAUCUUCAUUGUGGAGAUUUAUGUGGUUCUUUCAACAUUAGUCUCAAGAGGUGCCAACUUUCUUAUUUUCCUUUUUUGUUAUGCACUUCAGUAUUCAGUUGUAGAGCUAUGUAUUUCUUUUUAAGUAAGCGAUAAUAAAAUGAGAUUUGAAAUGACCGAGCUACCAUGUCAAAAAAACAUUCCGAUUGUGUUAGGUCUCAUUAUAAUUUUAUUAUACACUUCAUUCAAGAAUGGAUAGAAAGUGCUUUUGUUUGGCUAAACUUCUGAGUUCUAGACAAUGAUUAUGAAUGUGCACAGGUGCUGAAGCCUGUUGAAUAACUAGCCUUAGAUCAAUGGCUAUGGUAGAAAUAUAGUCCAUUACUUAUAGUCAUUCUUUGUUGUUUCUAUGGAUUGAAUUUUUUGAGAGAGCAUAGCUAGAGUUAAGUGUUUAUAUGUAGUCAUAUGAGAGCAGUUAAGAUAGUUGAUCGUGCUCUGCUCUGUGUUUUGUGUUUGUUGAUUGCCACGUUGAUAAAAUAUGUGUCACAAUGUGCAUGAGGGUAAUAUCUCGUAAGAGUAAUGAAUUUUCAGAGAGAAUUGGAAGUUCCAUCUGAUUGAGUUUUGGGUUAUGAGCAAUUGACCCAUUUGGCCAUUUCUGUGCUAGUCCUGUACAAUCAGUGCAUACUGCUGAAACCAAAGAAAUUGUGCUAGAUAACCUAAUCUGUUGUGUGUUUAUGAUGUAAAAUCCCAGAUAUGUUUUGUGGAAGAUCAGAUCCUAGGUGUUUGUGGGCUUGUACCAAUGAUCGGUGAUGUGGCCAUAUACUUUUGAUUUAGAAAUUGCACACCCACUGUUGCCUGUUAAACAAAAGGUAUACUUGCUAAUAUUUGCAAGUUUUCUUAUCUUCAGUGAAGAAAUGAUGGCAUUUUUAAGAUAUAUCCUAUUUUUCAACUAUAGUCCUUCCACACCAUGGGACCCCCAGCUGGAAACCCUGAACCCCCCCAGUCCCUUUCUGUCUCACAUUAUCACCACAUUGUGUGGGCUUCACCUUGCACCCGCACGCCCCAUGAGACAUGAUGAUUUUUAAUGAUUUCAAGGCCAUUUUGAGUGAGCAGUAGUUGUCUUGGUAGUCUUAAAUAACUCAUGUGGAAUACUGCUUCUCUUCCAAAAUAUUUGAAGUACUAGGUUUCUCUAAGUCAAACUUCCUCAAGUUUGACCAAGUUUAUAGGAAAAAUUAUUGAUAUCCACAAAAUCAAAUAUAUAUAGUAUGAAGUUAUAUUUAUGAUUAAUUAAUUGAAACUAAUUUGGCAUUGUGGGUGUUGGUAUAUUUUUCUGUAGACUUGGUCAAACAUAAAGAAGUUUGACUUAUAAACCUAGAAAUUCAAGUAUUUUGUAACGGAGUAUAUAUCUCUUAACAUAGGAAACGAACAACAGAUGGUCAUGCUAAUGGUAUUGAAGAGGACAUUUGCAGUGUGCACAGUGGCAUAAAAAAUGACGUUUGCGGUGGCAUAGGCAUAAUAUCAGUGUUUCAGUUGAUCCAUUUGUUAACAGUUUCAGCUAAAAUGUCUUAAAACCAUUCUUUUUGAUUUUAACUAUUGUCAAUUAUUAUUGUAAUCUAGAAUAUGCUUACUCAGAUGUUCCGGUGGGAGCAUGCUUGUUUUAAAGGUGCUGAACAUUUGUAGGUUUGUAAGCUCAUUUGAAUUUAAUCUGCCUUCCCAUUCUAGUGCUCUAAAUAUAGUACCUUUUCACGCGUAGGCAUCCAAUAAUCAAAUUCUGGGCAUGUUGCUGAGGAUGUGUGUUCUGCUGUGGAUCAUUAUGGAGGACCCAAUCAUCAAAUGCCUAGCGUAUAGGAAGGGAUAUCAGAUGUGUGUGGACUGUGGUGUCUUGGGUAGUUAGUGAAAUAUGCCAGAGGGGCUGCUCCGAUAUAGCCAGAAUGAUGCAGCCCUCAGGGAUGGCAUGCCACUGAAAGCUCCCUCUGUAAAGAAAUAUAAGAGAUUUACAGAGGGAGUAUCUCUUAAAAUGCACCAAGCAAAUUAAGCAAUACAAUAACGCUACAUAAUCAAAUGUGAUAAGCAUUUUGUAAC